ACAAUGUUCUCAUCGAAGAAUAUGCAUGAUGAUGAGGAGGAGAAGGAAGAUCCUCAAAGUCAGGUGAGAGAGAGUGAUAAUAGAGAUGAAAAUAUGGCGCCGGAGAAUGAUAGUCAUAUUAGUCUACAGAAAAUAUCUCCGAAGCUUGGAAUGAAAACAAUACUUCCUCCUCACCAAUCUAAAUUUGAAACUUGUUUCAGAAAGAUAGAAGACCAUGACGCUGAAAACACGCAUGAAGAUAUCCAACGACUUUCUAAUUCUAAUCGUAGAACCGAGUUGCAAAAUUUUGAAAGAUCCAAAACAAUGAUUCCUCCAAGACACAUUACAGCUACCAGCAUGAGUGAUCUCCCGAAUACAGCAAAUUUUCUAAAAGAAGAAAUUAAAGAAGAGAUCAAACAUUCUAUGGAAGAAGAAAAAGAGCUCAGAAUUUCACACAGAAGAAACCAAAGCUUCACCUUGACUCCUUCGAAUCCACCUAAUGUAGAGAUGGAGCCAAACUAUAAUGCAGAAGAUGAUGAUGAAUCUCAGAAAAGUGAGACUUUUCAAGAGCCAGAUCCUUCAAGCAGCUCUUCUUCAUCAUCUCAGCCUGAAGAGCCCCGACAUGAACCAUCUAAUUCAGGUUUAGAUUUAAUAACAGUUCCAAAUUUAGCCCAAAGACUUCCUCCUGAAGCUAAUACAGCUAAUUCUUUGCACACCAGGAAUGAAAUAAAUUCCUCUGUCGAAGUACUCAGCAAUACAAUUCCAAUCAUGCCAGUCCUAAACGAUUUCGACUCUGCAGAAUCAUACGUCACCGAAAACAGGAACAAUUUCCGAGAAAAUCUCGAAGACCAAAUUGACUCUAUAAAAGUCUCCUUCGUAGACACCAUCACUCAUGAAAACUACAGCAUUCACGAAGCGAAGAAGGAAUUGAACAACCGCAUAAAAGCUUUCAAGAAGGCAAAUAAGCAGGAAUUUGACCGAAUCCAGAUGCAAAAGGAAAUCUGUAGGGAGAAUAAGAAGAGGAUUACCAAACUACAGAAGGAAAGUGAGGAUAUUAUAGACCUAGAUGUAGGUGGCACCCAUCAUAUUACAACUACUAGGGCCACUCUUUGACGGUUUAAAAAUAGUGGCCUCGCUGCGAUGUUCAGUGGAAGGCAUCAUAUGAGGUAUAAUAAGGAUAGGGUCUUUAUAGAUCGUGAUGGCGACCCAUUUUGUAAAGUAAUUAGCUAUCUUAGGACUGGAGAAUUGCCUAUAGUUAAUGAUAAGAAGCAAGAACACUUGUUUAAGGAGGAAAUGGACUUUUGGCAGAUUCCUUUUAAUGGGGAGGAGGAAGAGGAGAAGAUCUCUGAUACUUCUCUUAUUCCAUCAUUUGAUUCUCAAUGGUGAGCGCCUACCUUGCAGUUAGAGCUAAAUCAGAAAGUUGUAAAGAAAAACGGCCCAAAUCAUGGCAUAAUUUUCUGUUCUCAUCCUUUUGACGAAGAGUAUAACUAUGUUGAGUUCAAAGUAACCAUUAUUCAGCCAGCUAGAACAAAGUCUCAUCUUUUUAUUGGAGCUGUUGAUAGAUCAAAAUAUAGAAAGGAAUUCCUCACAUCAACAUUUUGGAGAGAUUCUCCUUGCUCCUUCUACUGGGAUGUCUGGAAUACUAAGAUCAUAAAGACUGAUGAAAAUGGACAACAAGCAGGUGUUCUCUCUUCAUAUGGCUGUCCUUGCUAUGAGAAUGAAACUAAGCUCGCCAUUAGCUUUGAUCCGAUUGAGAAAACACUUUCUUUCUACAAAAAUGGAUUUCUUCAAGGAACAGCUUUCAGAGGAGUUGAUAAAGGUCUGUAUCCCUCUCUUGACAUAUGGUUUGAAUCUGGCUCAGUAGAGCUCCUGUCUACCAGUAAGCCAAAGUCUAAGACCUUCUUGUAACCACUAAUUUCUUCAAUUUUUGUA